GUUCUGGUUAUAAAUUUGAUCUCUGAUUCUACUUACUAGGGAGGGGAAUGCAAAACGAUUUGGUGGAUCCAUCGAUAUCGCCUGGUGCUACACCUCAUGUGGCGCAACAUGUAACGGUUCCAUCUCAACCCAUGUCAGGACCUUUGUCCCAAACACCUUCCACGUCUAAUGUAGAACAAGAACAACCGGAUCCGAAUCGAGCACGUAAGGUGGCUGAGGUAUUUCUUACCGCUGGUCAUGCCUUCCAAAAGUUGGGCGAUUUAGCCAUGCAGCUGCAAAUGGGUCCGUCGUCUAUACCUACUGAAGAAAGGUGGAGCGAAAACAAUGUUGAACACUUGCGUGAAGCUCUCACUAGAUUUGCUCAUGAGCUUGAUCAAAUAAGCAAUAACGUACAAGCACGAACGACCAAGAUGAUUAGCACCGAUAUUCGACGGCGGCACCUGAUGCCACAGCGACCGCUAGCUUCGUCAAUAUCAGCAAUGAAACGUCAACCAGCCAAGCUUGGUCCAGUUAUCGUACCGAAAAGACUGAAUGUAACUAGGCCUCGGCAAUAUAUGCCAGCUCGUCUGUCCACCACACCAGGCAUAUCGCAAGUUGUUGUGCCAACGACAAAGACUUAUCCAAUGGCUAGAGCUGGCACGUCUACUUUUGGUGGUCAACAUGUCGAACAUGGUCUCACACCAGGGUCCUCCCACUUUGGUGCCAGUAAUGCUGGACGAUGCACCGCCACGUUUGGAUCAACGAAUUUGAUCCAAGCUUGUUUUGGCUGA